AUGGCAAUAAAAACAUUUAGAAAGUUCGAAACAAUUCUAAUUAUGUUUUAAUUGGCAGGUAAUAAACAUUUACUCAAUUAAUAAAUGAAUUAUUACAAUAUUCUUGGUGUUUCAAAUAACUCGACACACGAACAAAUAAAAAAAGCAUAUCGCGUUCUUGCUAAGCAGCAUCAUCCAGAUAAGAAUGCUGAAUCAGCAUAAUUUAGAAUAAUUUCUGAAGCUUAUCGAAUACUUUCUAAUUCUGAACUUCGUGCUCGAUAUGACAUAUUCUAAGCUUAAGUGGAUAGACAAAUCAGCUUAUUUAAUAUGAUACGAAAUUUUAUCAAUGGAAAUUAAGAGAGAACAGAAGUUAAUAGUGAUAACAAUACAAAAGACACAGAAAUAAUUGACAAUGAUUCUAAGAAUAAGGAUAUUACUUAAAUACAAAAGAAAAAAAUUAGAAAAAAUCCUCAUUGA